UAAAUCAUUUUCAUUGAAAAUAUAAAACAUGACAAGCGAAGAGAGACGAUCUUUACUGCAUGAUUUUGUCACGGAUACGCCGCCAGCCGGUAAUACGGUAACAUCACCAACUGGCACGGUUACGCCACCGGCCGGUGACACGGUUGGGCCACAAUUCGGUGACACGGUUACGCCACCAGCCGGUGACACGGUUGCGCCACCAAAAGACACGUCAACGCUAAUAACUGAAAGCACGCAAACAUACGUCACACCGCCAGCAACAGAAUUCCGGAAAGCACAUGCAAUGUUCCUGCCUGUGACGUUAUUAAUAUACGUCAGUGUAGGCAUAGGGUACUUCACUACACAACAAUGGAUUCAGCAUUACGUUAAGAUAAAAUUGGGAUUUACAAACGAUUCUAUGCCGGGCUGCAAUGCAUCUAAGAACUCUACGCGCUACAAGGACUUCCAUGAGGUUGAACGUCAGACGGCUCAGUGGAGCAUGUACGUGACGCUGGCGGCCGCCGUCCCUUCCAUUUUCGCCACCGCUAUCGUCUCCUCUUAUUCGGACAGUGUGGGUCGGAAGUUCCUCUUUAUACUUUUUUCCGGAAGCACCACGAUACGAUUAACUCUCUGUUCACUUGCCAUUUAUUUCAAAUGGGAUCUAAUAUGGAUUGUAGUGGCUAUUGGGUUGGACGGACUGACGGGCUCAACCCAUACGAGCAGCUCGGCCGCCAUGGCCUACCUAGCUGACCUCACCUCCUCCGGGCACCACAGAACAAUUGCGCUCACUAUCAACGACGGCUUCCACAUGCUCUGUGUGACUUUGUCACUUCUCGUGGGUGGAGUGUUUGUCCGUCAGUUUGGAUUUCUAGUUCCGAUGAUCGUCUGUGCGGGAAUGGCAUGUUUAGCCUUUAUACUAACUCUUUGUUUUCUACCUGAAAGCCAUGGACGACAAAACCGCUCGGAAGUACAUUCAGUGUGUAAAGCAUUGUCGCGAAUAACUGAUAUCUAUACCGGCAGUAGUUUUAAUCAAAACAAAGCGCCAUAUAUCGUAUUAAUUAUAUGUUAUUUUUUUCAAGAGCUUGUUGGAACACAUCGCACUAGUAUUGAAAUUCUGUACCAGCUUGGCCAGCCGUUCUGUUGGGGUGCGGACAAGAUCGGCGUGUUCUCGGCGGCUCGGCACGCCACGCAGGGUCUCGCGGGCAUCGUGUUCAUCGUUCCGCUAAAGCGGUGCAUGUCUGAGUCCUACAUUGCGGCAUUUAGCGCCUUCUUCAAUACGGGCUCUUUCAUCUUAGAGGCACUCGCAAAGAGCGAUAUCAUACUGUUUCUUGUUCCGGUACUUGCAACGUUUGGGUUUCUCGCAGUACCCAUGUUUAAGAGCCUGUUGUCUCGAAUGACCCCUGCGGACAAGCAAGGUUCGCUAUUUGCGAGCAUCGUGGCGGUGCAGUGUUUGUGCGGCGUUGUGGCCUCGUUCCUGUUCAGCCAGAUAUACCGUGCCACCGUGACAGUCUUCCACGGUUUUGUCUUCCUCAUCCUGGCAGGACUCGCCGCCCUCGUCCUCGUCCUUGUUGUUGUCUAUCGCAUAACACAGUCCCAGGACGUGGAAGAUGAGGGGGACGAGAUCGAGAAUGACGUUUUUAUACAGAGUGUCCGUUCACUGAAUUCCUAGAAAUGGCCAUAAGGAAAACAAGUGACAAUCAGCCAAUUCCAUUAACCAUAAUGUUAAAUAAGUAAUUUUGAUAUCAUUUGAAAGGGUAUUUCGUGCUGAUUUAAAAUGUAUAUUGUAAUUUUUCAUGUUCAGAAAAGCUUGUUUAUCAUAUUUUUUCUUUUUCAAUUGAUUUUUAAUUUUCGUUUGUUUGCACAUAUUACCCUUCAAAUGAUGCCAAAAUAAUAUGGAGUCCCCAGGCAUCCGAAAUACACAUAUAUCUAUGUGUAUCAGUUAGUGUCCCAUACUCGGCAUUGGUCUUAAAAUAUACUUAAACGUAUGCGAAUGAAAUCUAGAACAUUUCAAACUGUGUUAGACAGAUAAAAAAGCUCGAAAAAGGUUGGCAUUAAGAUUAGGAAGUUUGUCAGUGGUGUAUAUGUAUAUAGUUGUUUUACUGUGUAUCUGUGUGUUUGAUUUACUGGUACAUUAUAAAUGAAUCAUGAAUGAAUAAAAUUCUGAAACGCA